AUGCAGUACGAUGAAAACGAAGUUAAAAUGUUGCUGAGUGGUUUAGCAAAAGUAAACUCUAUUAGACUCUCAACAAACCCCAAUACCCCAAAAUAUGCUAUCGUUGAAUUUGAGAACGCCCAGGAGGCGACCGGGAUGCUGGCGCUUGACGGCAAGAGUAUAGGCCUUUCUAUACUAAAGGUUGUUAAGCUGCAGCAAAAGAAGCAAUUGAGCGGCGUCUUCGGCGGGAGAGAGGAGAGAGAGCAGCAGAGCGAUCACGAGAGAACGAACCCGACAACAAGCAGCAGCAGCAGCAGCAGCAGCAGCAGCAGCAGCAGCACAACAGGAGACGCUCCUACAGCAGAAGCAGAAGCAACAGCAGCAGACGCAGAAGCAAAAGCAAAGACAGAAGACAAAAAGACAGAAAGCAAGGCGUCUCCCGCUCCCCCAGCGCUCCCAGCCGUUCUGUCUCUCCCGCGGAGGAGGAGGAGGGGCGCGGGGAGACGUCGCCACACAGACGAUCCCAAACCCCACACAGACGAUCCCCAACAGCAAGGAGACGAUCCCACUCAAACAGAAACUCCUCCCCGCUGCAGCAGAGACGAUCCCCGCUGCAGCAGCAGCAGAGACGAUCCCCGCUGCAGCAGAGACGAUCCCCGCUGCAGCAGCAGCAGAGACGAUCCCCAGUGCAGCAGCAGCAGAGACGAUCCCCGCUGCAGCAGCAGCAGCAGAGACGAUCCCCGCUGCAGCAGCAGCAGAGACGAUCCCCGCUGCAGCAGCAGAGACGAUCCCCAGGGCAGAACAGCAGAAGCUCUGAGUCCCCAAGGAGACGAUCCUCCUCCCCCCCGCAAGAAAGGGGACGAUCCCCGCUGCAGCAGCAGCAGCAGAGACGAUCCCCGCUGCAGCAGCAACAGAGACGAUCCCCGCUGCAGCAGCAGCAGAGACGAUCCCCAGGGGGCCCGGGGGAUCGCUCCUCCCCAGCUAGACGCUCGUCAGGGUCCCCAGGAGACAGGCGGAUGCGACCCCACAGUCGAUCCCCGCCGCGUGGCGGUGGUGCAGCAGCAGCAGCAGCAGCAGCAGGAGCAGCAGCAGCAGCAGCAACAGGGCGGAUGCGGGGUGCCCCUCGUUCUCGAUCCCGAUCCCGCAGCAGCGGUGGAGCUCGUGAACGAGAUUCUCUAG